AUGGACGAAUCAUCGGAGAAUAGUGGCACUAAUGAAUUAGAGGCUUUGGAUUAUUUGCGCGGAGUAAAAUCGUCAACGUGCUUACUGUUACCGACGACACCGAGCCCAACGCCCCUAGAUUUCAAGCAUCCUCUUUCAGAAGAAAUGAGUGGCCCGUUUUUAACAUUAAAUGAUGAUCCAAAUAUGGUUAACAUUCAAGCAGAUGUGGCAGGUGAUUCCAGUUCAUCAGGUGACUCGAACUCAGUGGUACAAGACCCAGUGAGUGCUCAGCUGAUAAACAAUAUUAGUAUGCUGGACUAUCAAACCCUUAGUAAAAAUGGAGAUCUUAUUAUGGGACAGACAGAAGAUUGUAAGCUAAAUGGAAAUCAUAUUGCAAAUAACAGAAAACUGCCAAGCUUUGUCAACUGGAACUGGAAUGUUAUACGAAAAGUACUGCUAUGGAUUGUUUGUUCUUGUCUUGUGGCCUGUCUAGGUGCGAUCAUAGCAUUAGUUGUUACAAUACCAAAAGAAUGUAACCCUAAUUUGCCUUGGUACCAAGGUAAGGUUUUUUACGAAGUCUUUCCUGCUAGUUUCAAAGAUUCUAAUCAUGAUGGUAUUGGUGAUUUGAAAGGGCUCAUAAUAAAACUUGAUUACAUUCAGGAAUUAGGUGCAUCUGCUAUCAGAUUAAAUAACAUAUACGCAGCACAGAAGUAUCCUGACCAAUAUUAUAAUAUUACUUCUUUAGUAGAAAUUGACAGAAGUUUAGGUGUCCUUAAAGAUUUUAAAGAAUUGGCAGCUGAAAUACAUAAACGAAAUAUGUCAAUAAUCCUCGAUGUACCUGUGAUUUCUUUGGCAAAACCUUUGUCAUCUACAGGAAAUUUUACUGAGACUUUGUUAGUUUCUGACGAAAUUGGAAAAAGGUACGUUGAUCCUACUUCUGCCGCUCUUAUAUUUUGGAAAAAAUUAGGAGUUGACGGGUUCUAUUUAAAAGGCUUAGAACGUUUUGUUGACGAGUUGGACUUUGGCAGAACUCUACAAAUAUGGAAGCAAUUAAUUGCAAAUAAAAUAUUGAUUGCAAGUGAAAGUGCUUUGGACAAAGCUAAAGAUGAUUCUCUAAACGUUUUGCUGUCAAGGAUUGAUCUAAUCGACAUACAUUUGGAUUUACAAGAAGGUAUUAAUGGCUUAAAAAGACAUAUUGAUAAAGUCAUUGGUGGUAUUCUAUGGGGUAAACCUCAUUAUCCAUGGGUUCACUGGAAUAUUGGCAGUGUAGAAAAUGAAAGAAUAUCUGCAAAAAAUGAUAACAAUACUUUAGCUUUGACGGCUCUUGAAUUUGUACUGCCUGGAACUGUUAGUAUUUUUUACGGCGAUGAGAUUGGUCUCGGGGGACUCGAAAACGUUGAGGGAGAUUUCCAUGAACAUAAAGACGUUCAUAACUUAGCGCAAAUGUCUUUUUCUGAUGGUGAAAAACCUGCGGGAGGUAUUUUGCCUUGGAAUGGAAAAUCUGCUGUAGAUCCAAACUAUAAUUUUCUUAAAGUUAUUAAAGAAAUGACAAAGGUAAGGUUAAAUACUCCAACGAUAUAUUUGAAUGCUAUUUACAAAGAGGGCAGCGUACAAAAGAAUAUAGAACUCCGUAAAAUGGAAGGUAAUCUUGUUGUUAUUGAGCGAUGGUUCCCCCGUAGAAACACUUGUGUGUUUGUUGGGAAUUUUGGUAACAGUUCUAUUACAACUGAUUUGUCCUCGAUGUUUUAUGGCGGUACAGUGAUAGCUGGUACAAACGUUUCUCUAGUCGGGCAGGUGUUAUAUUUUGAACAAGUAACAUUUCCCGCAAAUUCUGCCAUAGUAUUAAAGUUAGAAAAGUAA